ACAACCUCCCCGCGCCCCGCGGCAGCAGGAGAGCGGGGCGCCGGGGCGGGGCGGGGCGGGGCGCCGCAUCCCCGUGACGCGCGGGCCAACCAGGCGGCGUUGCGGCCCCGGCCCCCUCCGCCGCCGCCUCCCGCCCUCCCGCCGCUGCCGCCGCCGUCGCCAGCAGCCGCCUGCCGCCGGGCCCGUCCGCCCGCCCGCCCGCCGCAUGGAGCUCCGCGGCUUCUGCAGCGCCGAUGGCUCCGACCCCUUCUGGGCGUGGGAUGUCACGUGGAACACCAGCAACCCCGACUUCACCAAGUGCUUUCAGAACACGUUCCUCGUGUGGGUGCCUUGCUCCUACCUCUGGGUCUGCUUCCCCUUCUACUUCCUCUAUCUCUCACGCCAUGACCGGGGCUACAUUCAGAUGACCUAUCUCAACAAAACCAAAACUGCCUUGGGAUUUUUGCUGUGGAUUGUCUGCUGGGCAGACCUCUUCUACUCUUUCUGGGAAAGAAGUUGGGGCAAAUUCCUGGCCCCAGUGUUUCUGGUCAGCCCAACCCUCUUGGGCAUCACUAUGCUGCUUGCUACCUUUUUAAUUCAACUCGAGAGAAGAAAAGGAGUCCAGUCCUCGGGGAUCAUGCUCACUUUCUGGGUUGUAGCCCUACUGUGUGCCCUUGCCAUCUUCAGAUCCAAAAUCAUGGCUGCCUUAAAAGAGGAUGCUGAAAUCGACGUGUUUCGCGAUGUCACUUUCUACAUUUACUUUUCCCUCGUGCUGAUGCAGCUUGUGCUGUCCUGCUUCUCGGACCAACCACCCCUGUUCUCUGAAACCAUCCACGACCCCAAUCCCUGCCCGGAAUCCAGCGCCUCCUUCCUUUCCAGAGUCACAUUCUGGUGGAUUACAGGGCUGAUGGUCCGCGGCUACCGCCAGCCGCUGGAGAGCACUGACCUCUGGUCCCUGAAUAAGGAGGACACGUCAGAGCAAGUUGUGCCCGUUUUGGUAAAGAACUGGAAGAAGGAGUGUGCCAAAUCCAAAAGGCAGCAGGCGAAGAUGUCGUACUCCUCCAAGGAUCCCGCCAAGCCAAAAGGGGGCUCGCAGGUGGAUGUGAGUGAGGAGGCUGAGGUUUUGAUCGUCAAGUCCCCCCAGAAGGAGCGGGAGCCGUCUCUGUUCAAGGUGUUAUACAAGACCUUCGGGCCCUACUUCCUCAUGAGCUUCUUAUUCAAGGCCGUCCAUGACCUGAUGAUGUUUGCCGGCCCAGAGAUCUUAAAAUUGCUCAUCAACUUCGUGAACGAUCAGGAGGCCCCGGACUGGCAGGGCUACUUCUACACCGUGCUGCUGUUCGUCAGCGCCUGCCUCCAGACCCUCGUGCUGCACCAGUACUUCCACAUCUGUUUCGUCAGCGGCAUGAGGAUCAAGACAGCCGUCAUUGGUGCUGUCUACCGGAAGGCCUUGGUGAUCACCAACUCAGCCAGAAAGUCCUCCACUGUCGGGGAGAUUGUCAACCUCAUGUCUGUGGACGCCCAGAGGUUCAUGGACUUGGCCACGUACAUUAACAUGAUCUGGUCAGCUCCUCUGCAAGUCAUCCUUGCUCUCUACCUCCUGUGGCUGAACCUGGGCCCGUCCGUCCUGGCUGGGGUGGCUGUGAUGAUCCUUAUGGUUCCUGUCAAUGCCGUGAUGGCCAUGAAGACCAAGACUUACCAGGUGGCCCACAUGAAGAGCAAAGACAAUCGGAUUAAGCUGAUGAAUGAGAUUCUCAACGGGAUCAAAGUGCUCAAGCUUUACGCCUGGGAACUGGCCUUCAAGGACCAGGUGCUGGCCAUCAGGCAGGAGGAGCUGAAGGUGCUCAAGAAAUCGGCCUACCUGGCAGCCGUGGGAACCUUCACCUGGGUCUGCACACCUUUCCUGGUGGCCCUGUCUACAUUUGCCGUCUACGUGACCAUCGACAAGAACAACAUCCUGGAUGCCCAGAAAGCUUUCGUGUCCUUGGCCUUGUUCAACAUCCUUCGAUUUCCCCUGAAUAUUCUUCCCAUGGUCAUCAGCAGCAUCGUGCAGGCGAGUGUCUCCCUCAAACGCCUCAGGAUCUUCCUGUCUCAUGAGGAGCUGGAGCCUGACAGUAUCGAGCGAAGGACGGUCAAAGAUGGCGGGGGCGCAAACAGCAUCACCGUGAAGAAUGCCACGUUCACUUGGGCCAGGAGUGACCCUCCAACGCUAAGUGGCAUCACCUUCUCCAUUCCGGAAGGUUCCUUGGUGGCCGUGGUGGGCCAGGUGGGCUGUGGAAAGUCGUCUCUGCUCUCAGCACUCCUGGCCGAGAUGGACAAGAUGGAGGGAUACGUGGCUGUCAAGGGCUCAGUGGCCUACGUCCCCCAGCAGGCCUGGAUUCAGAAUGAUUCUCUCCGAGAAAACAUCCUUUUCGGCCGCCAGCUACAGGAACGGUAUUAUAAGGCCGUCAUUGAAGCCUGCGCCCUCCUCCCAGAUCUGGAAAUCCUGCCCAGCGGGGACCGGACAGAGAUUGGUGAGAAGGGUGUGAACCUGUCUGGGGGCCAGAAGCAGCGAGUGAGCCUGGCCCGGGCCGUGUACUGUGACUCUGACAUCUACCUCUUUGACGACCCCCUGUCAGCAGUGGAUGCUCACGUGGGAAAACACAUAUUUGAAAACGUGAUUGGUCCUAAGGGGAUGCUGAGGAACAAGACACGGCUCCUGGUCACGCAUAGCAUCAGCUACCUGCCCCAGGUGGAUGUCAUCAUCGUCAUGACCGGCGGCAAGAUCUCGGAGAUGGGCUCCUACCAGGAGCUGCUGGCCCGGGAUGGCGCCUUCGCCGAGUUCCUGCGCACGUACGCCAGCAGCGAGCAGGAGCAGACUGAGCAGGAUGAAGGGUUGACAAGUGUCAGCAGUCCAGGGAAGGAGGGGAAGCAGAUGGAGAAUGGCAUGCUGGUGACGGAUGUCGCAGGAAAACAGCUGCAGAGACAGCUCAGCAACUCCUCCUCCUACAGCGGGGACAUUAGCCACCACCACACCAGCACAGCUGAGCUGCAGAAAGCCGGGGCCAAGAAAGAGGACGCGUGGAAGCUGGUGGAGGCAGACAAGGCACAAACAGGGCAGGUCAAGCUGUCUGUGUACUGGGACUACAUGAAGGCGAUCGGACUUUUCAUCUCCUUUCUGAGCAUCUUCCUUUUCCUGUGUAACCACGUUGCUGCUCUGGCCUCUAACUAUUGGCUCAGCCUCUGGACCGAUGACCCCAUCGUCAACGGGACCCAGGAGCACACUAAAGUCCGGCUGAGCGUCUACGGAGCCCUGGGCAUUUCGCAAGGUAUCUCGGUGUUCGGCUACUCCAUGGUGGUGUCCAUCGGGGGCAUCUUCGCUUCCCGCCGCCUGCACCUGGACCUGCUACACAACGUCCUCCGGUCCCCCAUGAGCUUCUUCGAGCGCACCCCCAGCGGGAACCUGGUGAACCGCUUCUCCAAGGAGCUGGACACGGUGGACUCGAUGAUCCCGCAGGUCAUCAAGAUGUUCAUGGGCUCCCUGUUCAACGUCAUCGGCGCCUGCAUCAUCAUCCUGCUGGCCACGCCCAUCGCCGCCAUCAUCAUCCCGCCACUGGGCCUCAUCUACUUCUUUGUCCAGAGGUUCUACGUGGCCUCGUCGCGGCAGCUGAAGCGCCUGGAGUCGGUGAGCCGCUCCCCGGUGUACUCCCACUUCAACGAGACCCUGCUGGGCGUCAGCGUCAUCCGCGCCUUCGAGGAGCAGGAGCGCUUCAUCCGCCAGAGUGACCUGAAGGUGGACGAGAACCAGAAGGCCUAUUACCCCAGCAUCGUGGCCAACAGGUGGCUGGCCGUGCGGCUGGAGUGUGUAGGCAACUGUAUCGUCCUGUUCGCUGCCCUGUUCGCCGUGAUCUCCAGGCACAGUCUCAGCGCCGGCUUGGUGGGCCUGUCUGUGUCAUACUCAUUGCAGGUCACCACGUACUUGAACUGGCUGGUCCGCAUGUCGUCCGAGAUGGAGACCAACAUCGUGGCGGUGGAGAGGCUGAAGGAGUAUUCAGAGACGGAGAAGGAGGCUCCCUGGCGAGUCCCGGAGAUGACUCCACCCAGCACCUGGCCUCAGGUGGGCCGAGUGGAAUUCCGAGACUAUGGCCUGCGCUACCGAGAAAACCUGGACUUGGUUCUCAGGAACAUCAAUGUCACCAUCGAUGGAGGGGAAAAGGUUGGCAUCGUGGGGCGGACGGGAGCCGGAAAGUCGUCCCUCACCCUGGGCUUGUUUCGAAUCAAUGAAUCCGCAGAGGGGGAGAUCAUUAUCGACGACAUCAACAUUGCCAAGAUCGGCCUGCACGAUCUGCGCUUCAAGAUCACCAUCAUCCCACAGGACCCUGUUUUGUUCUCGGGUUCCCUCCGCAUGAACCUGGACCCGUUCACCCAGUACUCGGAUGAGGAAGUGUGGACGUCCCUGGAGCUGGCUCACCUGAAGGACUUCGUGUCCGCCCUUCCCGACAAGCUGAACCACGAGUGUGCGGAAGGCGGGGAGAACCUGAGCGUCGGGCAGCGCCAGCUUGUGUGCCUGGCCCGGGCUCUGCUGAGGAAGACCAAGAUCCUCGUGUUGGAUGAGGCCACGGCAGCCGUGGACCUCGAAACAGACAACCUCAUUCAGUCGACCAUCCGGACGCAGUUUGAAGACUGCACGGUGCUCACUAUUGCACACCGGCUGAACACCAUCAUGGACUACACGAGGGUCAUCGUCCUGGAGAAGGGAGAGAUCCGGGAGUGCGGCCAGCCCUCCGACCUCCUACAGCAGAGAGGUCUUUUCUACAGCAUGGCCAAAGAUGCUGGCCUGGUGUGAGCCCUGGAGCUGGUGCAUCUGGUCAGAGCUGCAAGGCCGACACGCCGGCGUCUGGGGAUGAUGUACUGGGGCACCAUCCUUGGGAACCCAGGCCUCCUGUUUACUGAAACCAAAAAGAAGAAAGAAACC